AUGAUUUCCACUUAUCGACGACAACUAUCAUCAGUUAUCAUCAUUUAUGUUAUAUUUGCAUUGACAAUUUUAAUUGUCAAUACAUUUGAACAUGUUCAUCCAAGAAUCAAUCAAAAAAUACUUAUUGAACCACAUAAUAUUAAUGCAUAUCCAGGUGAAACAAUACAAUUUCCUUGUAUUGUUUCAAAACAAUUUGAUGCUACUGUAACAUGGUGUUGGAAUGAUUUUUGUACAUUAGGUAAAGCACAAUUAGUUCGUCAUGAAAUAACAAAUAAUGGUUUGAUAAGUAUUUAUCAAUAUACAGCUUAUCCAAAAUUUCGAUUAAUUAUCAAUGAACGUCUUAAUCAUUAUAAUCUAUCGAUUACUGAUGUAUCAGAUAAAGAUGAAGGAAUAUUUCAAUGUCAAAUACAGAGAACAAUGUAUGCACAUGAAGCACGUUCAAAUCGUGUUCGCUUAACCGUUAUUGCACCACCUAAUGAUCAACCAAAAUUAUUAUUACCAAGUAUGCCCUUAAAACAAGGUCAAUCAGCAAAUAUAACUUGUUUAUCAUCAUCAUCAAAACCAGCAUCAAAAUUAAUUUUAUAUAAAAAUGAACAAAUUUUAACAACAGAAUUAUCAUCUUUAAUGUAUAUUUAUGAAUUAGAUAUAAAUACAAAUAAAAAUUUAACAAAACUUAUUUAUACAAUUAAAGAUCCAGAUAGUAGUUGGAAUAAUAUAAUUAUAAAAUGUAAACAAAUUUAUGAAUUUACAAAUCGUUCUCAAGUAGAUGUUGUAGCAAAAAUACAAGUUCAUUAUAAACCAAAAGCUCGUAUUGAAUCUCAAAAUCGUUAUCCAUUAACUGUUAAUUCAACAGCAACAUUUCGUUGUAUUGUUCAUGGUAAUCCUGAACCUCAAUUUAAAUGGUUUGCUAAUUCAAUCGAUUUAACAUCAUUAACAAGUUCAAUAAUAAAUAUUCCCUUAUCAAAACAUGUACAUAAUCACUCAAUUGGUUGUACAGCUAUAAAUUCAGUUGGUAUGACAAAUACAAGUAUUCGAUUAUUAAUUCGAUGUAAGUAUUUCUAUAUUUUUCAAAACAAUUUUUGCUCUUUCAGAACUUUCUCAAGAACAACUUGGUGAAAAACUUUUGAAACUUUCAGAAUAUUUCCGUCGAUGAUUGAAAAUUUUUCUUUGGCAGAUAGGAUCAAAACUAUCUAGAGACGUGUGUACUUGAGACUCAUGACAAUUAAAUUAACUGAGCCACUAUAAAAAAAAAAUACCAAUCGAAAAGCUUUUUUUCUGAAUGGUACUAAUUUUGUAAAAUAUGUAAAAGUCCGAAAGUAAAUAGUUUCAAGAAGAGAAAAAAAAUACAGUCGAAUUAGAUCGAAGUAUUCAUAAGACAAAGAAAUGUUGAGUGCAAGCGGCCGUAUCAUAUAGGAGAAAAUUUCAACUUUUCGUUUAAAAAUUUGAUUUUGAGAAAAACACAAAAAUUUGUGUGUUUUGAGUUUUUAAGCAUGAAAUUCAGUUUUUCGAGGUUUUUAUAUGGGAAAAAGCAGUUUUUUGACUUCCUAAAAUAUGUUUCUAAAGAGAGAACUUAUUCAACUGUUAGAUGGCGCUCAACCCUAUAUUUUAGCUACGAGCAGAACUCAAUGAAACUGAGAAAACCCUAAAUGAGUUCUGGUUUAUGUAUUAUCAAGCCAAAGGUAUGAACGUUUUAAUAGAUUUUCAGUCUCAGACCCAACUAUUAUUACGAGAUUUCCAUCUGAAAUUUGUCCCAUAAACAACUCACAUUGUCAGUAGAAUAUUCUAAAAUUUGCGAUGCAAACGAAUGUAUUUUUUCUUGAAAUAUCGACUUAUCUAAGAGAACUUGAUUCUAUGACUUGUCUGCCAAUAUAUAAACUCUUAUUGGAUACUUGAUAUCUCAAGGAGAAUACAUUUGUUUGCACUGAAAUUUCCAGGAUAUUCUAGUGGCCAUGAGAUUUCUCUAUAGGGCAAAUUUUAAAUGAAAAUCUCGUAAUUAAGUUUUCCAU